AACAACGGACGUGGCAACCACCUUCAAUUCCUUUUCCAGAUCUAGAAACUAGUUGCUAAGUCACGUAUAUAGAGACUAGAGAUAGAUAGACACACCUCAAUAAUAUUGAACUUAAUUCCCCUACGUAGCUUGUGAAAUAAAGAGGGUGUUUGUGUUUAAUUCCACUGACUCAUGGUUGCCAUGGGUAAUAAUUUGCAGCAAAAAGCCAAAGAGAUCUUCCACCUCUUCACCUUCACUCUCCUCACCCUUCUCUUACCCCUCUCGUUUCUUCUCCUAGCCAAAUUCUCCGAUGCACAAUACUAUCUCCAAACCCUCACUUGGUACCAUUCACCACAACACUUUCCCUACGUUUUAACUCUCGCCCUUCACAUCAACCCUCUCAUCCUCUACGUCCUCUUGUCCAUUAUCAGCAUGGCUUCCCUAGUCCACGGCUUAACGGGGAAAAUCAUCAUUUUGAGCGACUCAUUAUCAUCAUCAAGCACUUUUCUUCAACCUCGUAUAUUCACAGCGUGGAUUGUUCUUUGCACGUUCCAAGUUUGCGUUGGGUUGGGCAUAGAGGGGAGUAUUGAGGCGGGGCUCUAUGACUCUAAUGAUGAGUCGAUGGGUUUUGGCGUUGAGAGAAGAAGCUUGUUAAGCAGAGUGGUUUUCCUCUUGGGGUUGCAUGAGACGAUGCAUGUUUGGGCAAGGGUGGUGGUGAGGCCCGUGGUGGACGACACGGUGUUCGGCGUGGUCGGGAGAGAAGAGAAAUGGGUGGAGAGGGUGGUGGAGGCGGCGAGCUUAGGUGCAUUGUGGUGGUGGAGGUUGAGGGAGGAUGUGGAGAGUUUGGUGGUUAUGGUUGAGGCCAAGAAAGAGCAAUUGAUAGAUGUGAGAGUGAGUGAUUUUGUUGGGUGGUGGCUCUAUUAUCUUACUGUCACAAUUGGGAUGGUAAGGGUUGUAAGGGGUCUUGUGUGGAUGGUUACGAUUUGUCUCUAUAGAAGACCAAGGGCAACAGGGGUUACCUCUUUGCUGGAACAUUCAGAGAUUGAUGAUAAGGUCUAAUUCUAUUACUUGUUUAGCGAUCUCCAACUAUUGUUAGCAGUACAUCACAUCGUAUAACAAAGUGAUUAUAUUUUGACAAUUCAAAAUCUUAAAUAUUUAAUCAAUAUUUUUUUUUC